GUCCCAGCGAUACAGCAUCCAAUUCAUUAAAUAAGAUCUUCUGAAGUCUUCGCAAAGAGAAGACUCGCAGAAUAAAACACACGAAGCCAAAAUAAAACCCUAAUCUCCGAUCAAUUAACUUCAAUAUCAGAUCACUCCCACACAACAAAACCAUGAUUCUUUAGAGAAAUUGAAUUGUAUUCACAAGAUCAAAGUAAUGGAUCUUCAUUCCAGAUCUGUAAGGUAUAUUACAGUUUGGGUUUUGAUUAUCACCAUCGUUAUUAGCUUGUCUGGAAGUCCUGUAACUUCUGAGAAUCGACGCCCAAAGAAUGUUGAGGUAGCUCUUCGUGCUAAGUGGUCUGGAACUCCAUUUCUAUUAGAAGCCGGUGAAUUACUUUCUAAAGAAUGGAAGGACUUGUUCUGGGAAUUCAUUGAGGUCUGGCUACGUUCCGAGAAUGAUUCUGAAACCUCUUCAGCCAAACAUUGUGCUAAAAAAAUUGCCAAACUUGGACGCUCCCUUCUCAGUGAACCUUUAUCAUCAAUAUUUGAGUUUUCUCUGACUCUCCGGUCGUCAUCCCCCAGAUUAGUGCUUUAUCGGCAGUUAGCCGAAGAAUCUAUAUCUUCUUUUCCUCAAGCAGAUGAAUCCAACUCGAGGCAUGUGGCUGCUGACACUCUAGAAGAAGGUGUUGAGAGCUUUGGAAGCAAAGGAGCAGAUAACAUGCUGAUAGGCACGAAUCCAGAAGGUCCUAGUGGAAAAUGUUGCUGGGUUGAUACUGGUGCGGUUCUGUAUUCUGAUGUUUCCGAAUUGCAAUUGUGGCUUGACUCGCACACGGGAUCGUCUAGAGAUUCAUUUGAGCCGCCUGAAAUUUAUGAUUUUGAUCAUGUGCAUUUUGAUUCCAUUACUGAGAGUCCAGUUGCGAUUUUGUACGGGGCACUUGGAACAAAUUGUUUUAAAGCUUUUCACGUUGUCCUAGCCGAAGCAUCUCGAAAGGGAAGAGUAAAAUACGUUGUCAGGCCUGUAUUACCUUCUGGAUGUGAAGCAACAACUGGCUCCUGUGGUGCUGUUGGUACAGGGGAUGCCCUUAACUUGGGUGGUUAUGGUGUAGAACUUGCAUUGAAAAAUAUGGAGUACAAAGCUAUGGACGACAGUGCAAUAAAGAAAGGUGUUACUCUAGAAGAUCCUCAGACUGAAGACCUGUCUCAAGAUGUUAGAGGAUUCAUAUUCUCCAAAAUAUUGGAGCGCAAGCCUGAGAUGACAGCUGAAAUAAUGGCAUUUAGAGAUUAUCUUUUAUCCUCAACAGUAUCGGAAACACUGGAUGUUUGGGAAUUAAAAGAUUUAGGGCACCAAACUGCACAGAGGAUAGUUCAUGCUUCUGAUCCUUUGCAGUCGAUGCAGGAGAUCAACCAAAAUUUUCCUACUGUAGUUUCAUCCCUGUCACGCAUGAAGAUCAAUGAGUCUAUUAAGGAGGAAAUUCUAGCUAACCAGCGAAUGAUUCCACCUGGAAAGUCCUUAAUGGCUGUGAAUGGUGCUUUAAUCAAUAUCGAAGAUAUUGAUCUCUAUCUGUUGCUUGACAUGGUUCAUCAGGAAAUCUCUUUGGCUGAUCAAUUUUCAAAACUUAAGAUUCCAAGACGGACUAUAAAAAAACUUCUGUCAACUUUACCACCUUCUGAAGCGAGUUCAUUUCGCGUUGAUUUUCGUUCAACCCACGUUCGUUAUCUCAACAAUCUGGAGGAAGAUGAUUUGUACAAGCGAUGGAGGAGCAACUUAAAUGAUCUUUUGAUGCCAGUUUAUCCUGGCCAAAUGAGAUAUAUCCGCAAAAAUUUGUUUCAUGCAGUUUAUGUUUUUGAUCCAGCUUCUGUCUGUGGGCUUGAGUCUGUCGACACGAUUUUAUCAAUGUAUGAAAAUAAUUUUCCCAUAAGAUUUGGUGUCAUACUCUACUCAGCAAAGUUGAUCAAGAAGAUUGAACAGCAAGCUGGUAAACUACCUCUAUCCUCUGUAGGGAAGGAUGACAGUAUGGAGGAUAUAUCCAGCCUGAUUACACGUCUAUUCUUAUAUAUUGAGGAGAAUCAUGGGCCUCGGCUGGCGUACCAGUUUCUGAGCAAUGUAAAUAAAUUGCGAAGCGAGGAAGAUCUUACUGAAGAAACACUUGAGGUGCAUCAUGUUGAAGGAGCAUUUAUUGAAACAAUAUUACCAAAGGUAAAAUCUCCACCUCAAGAUGUAUUACUGAAACUUCAGAAGGAGCUGACGUUCAAGGAGAGAGCUGAAGAAAGCUCCCUUUUGGUUUUCAACCUUGGCUUGUUUAAGUUGAAAUGUUGCCUCUUGAUGAACGGGCUUGUCUCUGAGUCAACUGAGGAUGCUGUGGUAAAUGCUAUGAAUGAUGAGCUACCCAGAAUUCAGGAACAAGUUUACUAUGGUCAUAUAAACUCACACACUGAUGUUCUGGACCAUUUUCUUGCUGAAAAUGGCUAUCGUCGCUACAAUCCACAGAUUAUUGGUGAGGAGAAGAAUCAGAAAAAGUUUAAAUCGCUUGCUGCCUCCAUUCUUGGAAGUGAUUCUGUGCUAAAUGAUAUAAGUUACUUGCACUCUCCUGGAACUGUUGAUGAUGUGAAGCCAGUAACUCAUCUCCUUGUUGUCAACCUAACAUCGAAAAAAGGGAUAAACUUACUCCGCGAAGGAAUACAUUACCUGAUGGGGGGAUCCAAAAGAGCCCGUCUCGGGGCAUUAUUUACCACCGCAGAUGUUGCAGGAUCACCAACUCCUCUUUUUGUGAACGUUUUCCGCUUCACUGUAGCCAAAUUCAGUUAUAAAAAAAAUGUGUUGGAGAUUUUGGACCAGCUAUGUGUACUUUUUGAGAGGGACAAUCUGUUUACGGUGGAGAAAGUUAUUGAGCUAGCCAAAGCAAAUAACUUGCCCGCUGAAGAGUUUGAAGCUUCUCUAUCAGAUGUUUCCAAAGAAUUGGUUAGGAGCCAUUUGGAUAAGGUUUCACAAUUUCUAUAUAGAGAAAUGGGGCUCGACUUUGGCGCUACUGGAGUGAUCACUAAUGGAAGGAUCAUGCUUCCUGCCCACGGGAGCACUUUUUCGCGAUACGAUCUUGAUCUUCUAGAAUCAGUAGAGUUUGGACAAAGAAUAAAACACAUAAUGGAAGCUGUCGAAGAAACAAAAUGGGAUGAUAUGGACCCGGAUAUGCUUACAAGCAAAUUCCUUAGCGACCUUAUCAUGUUUGUUUCUUCUUCAAUGGCUAUGCGGGAGCGGAGUUCUGAAAGUGCUCGUUUUGAAGUUCUGAAUGCCAAAUACAGUGCUGUUGUUUUUGACAAUGAUGACGCUAGUAUUCAUAUUGAUGCGGUCAUUGACCCAUUAAGUCCAUUGGGUCAAAAGCUUGCUCCACUCCUUCGUUUACUUUCCAAGUUCGUUCAACCAAGCAUGAGGAUUGUGCUUAAUCCAAUGAGUUCCCUAGUUGACAUUCCUCUGAAGAAUUAUUACAGAUUUGUAUUGCCAACAAUGGAUGACUUUAGCAGUUCUGACUUUGCAAUUAAUGGUCCUAAAGCAUUCUUUGCAAAUAUGCCGUUGUCCAAAACCCUGACAAUGAAUCUUGAUGUUCCCGAGCCAUGGCUUGUGCAGCCUGUUAUUGCCGUAUAUGAUUUGGAUAAUAUUGUGCUCGAGAACCUAGGUGAUACAAGGACAUUACAAGCCGUCUAUGAACUUGAAUCGCUUGUUCUUACUGGUCAUUGUUCUGAAAAAGACCAUGAAGCACCUCGAGGUCUUCAGUUGAUUCUUGGAACUAAGAGCAGGGCCCACUUGGUUGAUACGCUUGUCAUGGCCAAUUUAGGAUACUUUCAAAUGAAAGCCUCUCCUGGGGUUUGGUACCUGCAACUUGCGCCUGGUAGAAGCUCUGACCUAUAUGUACUUAAGGAACACGAAGAUGGAGAUGAAGUCCUACCAUUCAGAAAGCAGAUAACCAUAGAUGAUUUGCGGGGUAAACUAGUGCACUUGGAAGUAGUGAAGAAAAAGGGUAGGGAGCAUGAUCAGUUAUUAUCUUCAUCUGAUGAUGCUAACAACUUGGACGAAAGGAAGGGGAACUCCAAAAGCUGGAAUACAAAUUUGCUGAAAUGGGCAUCUGGAUUGAUUGGUGGGAGUGAACAUGAAAAGAGGAAAGGAGGUUCUGUGGAGCGAAAGGAUGGGAGACAUGGCAAGACCAUUAACAUAUUUUCAGUUGCUUCUGGGCACUUGUAUGAACGGUUCCUUAAAAUCAUGAUUUUGAGUGUUCUUAAGAAUACUCAUAGGCCAGUGAAGUUCUGGUUUAUCAAGAAUUAUCUUUCUCCUCAGUUUAAGAAUAUUAUACCACAUAUGGCACGAGACUAUGGAUUCGAGUACGAGUUAAUCACGUACAAGUGGCCGACAUGGCUACAUAAACAGAAGGAAAAGCAAAGAAUUAUUUGGGCAUAUAAAAUUUUGUUCCUUGAUGUUAUUUUUCCACUUUCGUUGGAAAAGGUUAUAUUCGUUGAUGCCGAUCAAAUUGUCAGGGCAGACAUGGGAGAGCUGUAUGACAUGGAUAUGAAAGGAAAACCUUAUGCCUAUACACCCUUCUGUGAUAACAAUAAGGAUAUGGAUGGUUUUCGGUUUUGGAGACAAGGAUUCUGGAAGGAGCAUUUGCGAGGAAGGCCAUAUCAUAUAAGCGCGUUAUAUGUGGUGGAUUUGUUAAAGUUCCGACAAACUGCAGCAGGAGACAAUCUGAGGGUUUUUUAUGAGACUCUCAGCAAGGACCCAAACAGUUUAUCUAAUCUUGAUCAGGAUCUUCCGAACUAUGCGCAGCAUACAGUACCGAUAUUUUCUCUCCCACAGGAAUGGUUGUGGUGUGAAUCGUGGUGUGGAAAUUCCACAAAAGCAAGGGCAAAGACCAUUGAUCUCUGUAACAAUCCCAUGACAAAGGAGCCUAAGCUUCAGGGAGCCAAAAGAAUUGUUACUGAGUGGCCGGACCUUGAUUUAGAAGCACGUCGAUUCACUGCUAGAAUUACUGGUGAGGAAAUAGAUGACGCAAAAGAGACUAUUACAACUUCAACUCAGGCAAAGAGUGAAGCAAGCUCUAUUGUAGAAGAAGAUAAAGAAUCCAAGUCAGAGUUGUAACAAAAUUUCAUGUGAUCAUCAGUACUUAUUUUUUUGAGAUCACCAGAAAUUUAGCAAUAUUGGAAUGUCAGAUUAUUCCAUGGCCGUGUCUCCCCUGCCUUAUAAAUUUAAGAUUUAGGUUAGCUUCUCAUUACACACCUGCAAAGAUAAAAUUGCAAGUGGUACCCAUGUGAUAUCCAGUAGCCAAUACAAGUAAGAGGUUAAAGCAAAGCCUCUCAGGAUAGUCAGAUUAGUCAAGUACGGAAGAAGUUUUGCAGCUAAUUUAUGUUAUGCUCCUGGGAUAAAUUUCAACAGUGGUAUAUUGUUACCAAAUGUAAUCUAUACAAUGAUGAAAGAGAGAUUUUGUCGAUGAUUUCUUAUU